UGGAUAAAGAUGGAUACACAAACUCUCUUAUCAAUUCACACACACGUAAUCACUAGAGAUUCACGUAUUCGUGUAAGCAAUAACAACCACAGACAAUGGUACUUACAUAUAAAAGAGGUCCGAAUCGAAGAUCAAGGCUCGUACAUGUGUCAAAUUAAUACAGAACCCAUGGUUAGCCAAUUGGGAUACUUAGAAGUUAUGGUACCACCUUCUGUUGUGGAAGACGGUACAAGUUCAGAUAUCGUAGUAGAAGAGAGAUCGAAAGUCAGUUUAAGAUGCAGAGCAUCAGGGUAUCCUGUUCCAAAUAUUUCGUGGAGAAGAGAAGACGGAAAAGAUAUCAAUUUAGGUUCUUAUGGGGGGAGGAGGUACUCAGCUCCUAAAGUAGAAGGCGAAUAUUUAAAUAUCAGCCAAGUUACUAGAGAAGACAUGGGAGCAUAUUUAUGUAUAGCAAGGAAUGGUGUGCCACCAACAGUCAGCAAACGCAUCUUAGUACAAGUAAAUUUUCGGCCAAAAAUUCGCGUACCAAAUCAAUUAGUUGGUGCAGCAGCUAAUACUGACGUUACACUGGAAUGCAAACUGGAAGCAUCUCCGCGGCCAUUAACAUCGUGGAUACGAAGUGAUGGUAUGUUACUCCUACAGAAUAGAAAGUACGAAUUAACAGAAGAGGAAGAAUCGUAUAAAAUCACCAUGAAAAUCAAAAUAUUCGAACUAAACGAUAGAGAUUUUGGUUCUUAUAAAUGUUUAGCGAAAAAUACACUAGGAGAGAAGGAAGGUUUUAUAAGACUUUACGAAAUACCACCGCCAACGACAUUACCGAGGCCAACUCCAUCUUAUGAAGUGUAUCUACCCAGAAUGAGAGGUGCUCAAACUAAUUCCCUUAAUCUAUUCGAAUUGUUCAGUAAAGCAUUGUAUCUAAUGAUUCUCAAAACUCACAUAACGAUAGUUACGCACAGAGGAAGACGUAUGGAGUACCAGCUACUAAUUCAUUAAUGGACGAAUCUCACGAUUUUCGUGCAGAAAAAGAUACAAGAAUAUCAAAAUCAGACAGGACUGAAGA